AUGUCGAAGCAAGAAGGAGGAGAAGACUCAGAGACGGCAUGGGAUAAGAGUUCGACCCGCUUCACCAGCAAGCGCAACAGCGAAUAUUUCGACCCCUGUCAAGAAGCUGCCGAUCGAAGUCUGAAAUGCUUGCGGCGAAAUGGAGGUGACAGGGCGAUGUGUAUGGAUUACUUUGAUGCGUACAAGGCUUGUAAAAAGUCAUGGAUGGAUGAGAUGAAGGAGGAGAAACGCAAGCAAAGCAAGGGUUGGUUUGGUUGA